AUGAAUGCGAGGCUGGCCCUGACCGCUCCCAAGAACGACAAUGCAAAGGCGCUGUACUUUCUGACCAACAACGACGAGAACACGGUCGCCGCCGUCGAGCUGGGACACAAUGGCCUCAUCACCGGCAAGGGGAAGGUGUGGAAGACGGGCGGUAAAGGUGGUGCUGGCGUCGAGGGACCGAGCCAGCCCGCGGGCCCCGAUGCCCUCUUCAGCCAGUCGGCCAUUACUGUAGUGGAUGGCCACAUCUUUGUCGUCAAUGCCGGCUCCAACAGCGUCAGCAUGUUUGCCAUCGACCACAAGGACCCUCUUACGCUAGUCCUAGUCGGCAAGCCGCUAGACCUACCGGGCGAGUUCCCAACCACGGUGGCAGCGUCUAAGAAGCACCAGCUAGUGUGCGUGGGCCUAACCGGCAAGAAGGCGGGUAUCGCGUGCGCGCGCUUCUCGGCCAAGACUGGGCUGGGCAAGGUUGAUACGUGGCGCGAUAUCCAACUGGGCCAGACGACGCCGCCGCUGGGGCCGACCAACACCAUAUCGCAGGUCUUCUUCUCGGGCGACGAGAGCCAGCUGCUGACGACGGUCAAGGGUGACCCUCCCAGCAAGAAGGACGGCUUCUUCUCGGCCUACGCCGUCGGGGGCAACGGGUCGGCCGGCUCCGAGUCGCUCUCGCAGCGCGACGUGCGCUCGACGCCCAACGGCACCGCCGUGCUAUUCGGGUCCGCCGUCAUCCCCGGGUCCACCGACGUCUUCGUCACCGACGCCUCGUUCGGCGCCGCCGUGCUAAGCGUCGACGCCCGCUCCGAGAAGGCCUCGAUCAGGGCCAUGGUCCAGGUCGCCGACCAAAAGGCUACGUGCUGGGCGACCAUCUCGCUCGCCACGCAGACAGCCUUUGUCACCGACGUCGGCAAGGACCGCCUGCUCGAGAUCGGCUACCACCCCGGCGGCAUCAAGAUCAUCACCACCAUCAGCCUGCCCUCGCCCAAGGACGGUAGCCUGGGCCUCGUUGACCUCCGGGCCGCCGGCAACUUUGUCUACAUUCUCAGCCCUGGUAGGGACGGUGUCGAAGCUUCCAUCUUUAUCGUGCAUGCGCCCUCCCGGAAGCUGGUCCAGACCGCGGGGAUCAAGUCCAUUGGCGCCGGCAAGAACGCUAUGGGCAUGGGGCUGCUGGUGUGA